GCUACGAAUGAAAAACCAUAAGCGUAGAACAAGCUUUGUCGCGUCUCAAAUUUCAAACAUCAAUCUUCAUUCCUAGCCGAUUCCAUUCACAUUCCAUUUUCCUCAAUUCCCAUGUCACUUCUGUUAGCGUUUCGAUUUCGCAGUUCACAUCGCCAUGAGAACCAACAAGUUUACCGCGUUAACUUUCUGGGUUUCAUGCGCGGAUUGGAUUCGAUCUCUCUAUAAUGCUUGCACUGACAAGAGUUUUCAAUCUUGAACAGUGGUAAUGGCGAGGUUUAUCCCUGGAUUCGCAUUGCCUAUGCUCCUUCUGUUAGCAUCUUUGCUUAACUGGAGUUUGAUAUCGUUGCUUGAUUUGAUGGCAUUCCUUUUCAUUCAGUACACUGCUUCUAGAAAGGGAUUCCGUGUUCAUCAACAAUAUUUGAUAUCAUGGUCCGUUCUAAUGUUAUCGUCUCUGACCUUACUCUCCCAUGCCGUAUUUCAUAUUGUUUUAGCCAUUGAGGGGGAUCAUUGGAGUACUGCUGAUGCUCAGUGGGCUGAGCUAAUUGGAUUUAUACGAGUGCAUUCUUGGAGGACUUUGCUGGGAGAGCACUUUUUGGUCACACAAGUAUUAGCAACUUUUCUUUCUAUAGUUGAAAUCUAUGGAAAUUGGUUUGAUCAAAAUCUAUGGUGGAGAGACUUUUGUUCGGGGCAUCUAUGUUAUUUUGUUCUGCUGAUAGGAUCUCAUCUCAAGGGUACUUGCUGCUUAUUGUUACCUGCCGUACAAUUAAUUGCUGGGAUAAGUCAUGUAUCUUGGAUUUCUUUCCCUUUUUUCAUUUGUAGCAGCAUAGGACUUGUUGAUUGGUCAUGGACAAGCAAUUAUUUAGGUAUUUUUCGGUGGUGGAAAUAUCUUCUAUUUUAUGGUGGCUUCAAUAUCAUUUUUCUGUAUAUAUAUCAACUUCCCAUUGAAUUCCCCGCAACUUUUAGGUGGAUUUUUUUCCACUUUGGGUUGUUCAAAAUUUCUACAAGUUCAGAAUGGUCAGAAGUUUGUUCUGGUCUUUCACUUCUACUUUUCUACAUUAUGUUAUCUUGGAUUAGAAGCGAGCUAGCCGAAAUGGAGAUCAUCACAUCUACAAGAGAAAGUGACUUGACCGCGCAGCUUCUUCCUAAGAAGCAUUCUAAUUUUCUUCAAGAGUCCAGGUCUUGUAUGAGGCACACUAAUUUGUUAUUGCGAGGAGUUGUUUCUCGGUCAUUUAGUAUCAACUUUCUAACAUACGGUUUUCCGAUUUCCUUGCUGGCUCUAUCAUUAUGGAGUUUUCACUUCGCAAGUCUUGGCUCAUUUGGAUUGCUUGCUUAUGUGGGAUACAUUUUGUAUGCCUUCCCUUCCAUGUUUCGGUUGCACUAUUUAAAUGGCAUGCUUCUUGUUUUCAUUCUGUUUUGGGCAGCUAGCACAUAUAUCUUCAAUGUGGUACUCACUUUCUCUAGUAACAAAUCAUGGAAGGAUAUGGAAAUAUGGGAAACUAUAGGCUUGUGGCAUUACCCUAUCCCAGGAUACUACUUGCUUGCUCAAUUUUGUCUUGGUUUUCUUUUUGCUAUGUGUAGUCUUGUGAACAGUUCAGUUUUAUUGUGCAUUACUGGUCAAGGACAAUUAACAGCUGAUGAAGCUGUAGUGGAAGUGGAAGAAGAGACGACACUAUCGGUUGUGGCUACAAUAGCAUGGGGACUACGCAAGUGCUCACAUGCUGCAGUACUGAUAUUGAUAUUUCUUAUUUCAAUAAGAUCUGGUAUCGUUCAUGCUGUUUAUAUGAUUUUCUUUUUAAUUUAUCUAUUAAGCCAUGCAAUCGACUGUAAAUUACACCGAGCUAUUAUACUUCUAUGUGAGGCACAGUUUGCCGUUCAAUUCAUUCUACAACUUGAUUUGAUCUCCAAAACUUUGGACCAGAAGGGUUCAUAUGCUUUUGAGAUUCUCUCACAAUUAGGUCUGCUUAAUUAUAUCCAUUCAGUGGAUUUCUUCCAGAUAUCGAUUCUUGCUUGUUUCUGUGCAAUUCACAGUCAUGGGCUGCAAACACUCAUUUCACUGUCAGCUAUCGUUCAGCAAACAUCUUGUCCCCCAUUUGGCUUUAGCAUCUUGAGAGCUUUCUUGAUCAGACCUGUUUGUUUAUCAGGUUAUAGUCCAAGGUCUAGUGAGAACCAAGGAACUCAUGAGAGGAAGACUAAAUCAUAUUUGGAGGUCAUAAGACUGAGUUUCCUGUCUAUUUAUCGGUUGUGUGGCAAAUACAUUGCCUUCAUAACAAUUCUCUUCACUAUAUACCUUUGCACGCCCAACUAUGCUUCAUUUGGCUACUUAUUCUUUCUUCUACUGUGGAUAAGUGGGAGACAACUUGUUGGCAAAUCAAGAAAGCAUCUUUGGUAUCCUAUGAAAGUGUAUGCUAUAGUUGUGUUUAUCUCCAUUUACGGCAUUGGUGUCUUUUCCAGCUCUGAGGGGUGGUUUCCUAGGAUUGUUGAUCUUCAAACUGCAUUUGGUUAUAACCCAGAAGCUUCGAUGUUGCAAAACAUUUGGAGAUCUUUGGCUGUUUUGGUUGUGAUGCAGCUAUAUAGCUAUGAAAGGAGGAAGAGCAAAAGAUCUGCAUCUAGUGACUACAGUGGACCAGAAGUAGGACCCUUUGCUUUUGCCAGACGCCUUUUGUUUCAGCAUGCCGAGAAAAUACUAUUUCUUGCCCUAUUUUAUGCAUCCUUGUCGCCUAUAAGUGCAUUUGGUUUCCUGUACCUUCUUGGUCUAAUCAAUUGUUCAAGAUUACCAAAGUUGUCUCAUAUUCCUGCAAAAGUAUUUCUAAUUUAUUCAGGACUUCUUAUAUCGGUUGAAUAUCUUUUCCAGAUGUGGGGAAAUCAGGCUGAGAUGCUCCCUGGUCAAGAGCACUUCCAGUUGUCAUUAUUUAUGGGUUUGCAGUUGUAUAAACCUGGUUUUAAAGGUUUGGAGUCAGGAUUAAGGGGAAAGGUUGUGGUUAUUGUAGCAUGUAUACUUCAAUACAAUGUUUUGCGUUGGUUGGAGAAAAACGAUGUUCAUGGAAAUGGAGGAAAAUGGAAUGAACCUUGUCCUCUGUUCAAUCCAAUAGAAGUUUCCAAUGAAAUUACGGCCUGUGCACAGAGCAAACAAUUGGAAAAUUCCAAUUCACCAACAUUUAAAAAAAGUGGAAGAAGUCGUUCAUGGCCAACUUCUAAUUCUGCAUUAUCCCAGGGGGCAGAUUCAGGGCCUGAAAGAGACAGUGCAAAAAAAAUAAGAUAUUUUCAUUUCUGGGAGAGUUCCAAGGAUAGCUUGAAGUGGAAUAGAAAACGGAUUUUUUUCUUAAGAAAAGAAAGGAUGGAGAUGCAGAAGACUGUUUUAAAAGUAUCCUUGAAGUUCUGGAUUGAAAAUAUCUUCAAUUUAUUUGGUCUUGAAAUCAACAUGAUUGCUUUGCUUCUUGCUAGCUUUGCUGUGUUGAAUGCUAUAUCUCUGCUCUAUAUAGCAUAACUUGCUGCUUGUGUUCUUCUUCAUCGGCUACUAAUUAAAAAACUAUGGCCUGUUUUUGUUUUCUUAUUUGCUUCCAUCGUCAUUAUUGAAUACUUGGCCAUCUGGAUGCACAACACUUAUACGAACCAAGAGGAAGAACAACUACCAUGCAAUGACUGUUGGAGAAGAGUAUCAGAUAUACAUUUUAGCUACUGCAAAAAAUGUUGGUUAGGAAUUAUUGUGGAUGAUCCUUAUAUGCUUAUUUGGUAUUAUGGUGUUUUCAUGUUUUCAUGUUUCAAAUUCCGUGCUGACCGGUCAUCUUGUCUCACUGGAUUGGAGAUGUACCAGAAGAUACUCUCCCAAUGGAAAUCUGCCUCAGUACUAAGUGAUCUAUCAUUUGAGACAAAAGGAUACUGGACAUUUGUUGACCACCUGAGGCUUUAUGGUUACUGUCACUUGCUAGAUUUUGUUCUCUCGUUGAUUUUGAUUACAGGAACUCUUGAAUAUGAUAUUCUGCAUCUUGGCUAUCUUGGUUUUGCUCUGGUUUUCUUCCGGAUGAGGCUAAAGAUACUAAAGCAGGGAAAUAAAAUUUUUAAAUUCUUAAGGAUGUAUAAUUUUGUUCUCAUUGUCAUGUCACUUGCAUAUCAAUCUCCUUUUGUUGGAAACUUCAGUAAUUUCAAAUUUGGUUCAAUAGAAUCCAUUAAUGGAUUGAUUGGAUUGCACAAGUAUGAUUAUGGGUUUCGAAUUACAUCAAGAUCAUCAAUUGUGGAAAUCAUAAUAUUUGUGUUGGUAGCACUACAGUCAUACAUGUUUUCAUUUCCAGAGUUUGCUUAUGUUUCAAAACAUCUCGAGAAAGAGCAGAUUGGUGCCAUACUUAGACAGCAGGAGAAGAAAGCUGCUUGGAAGACUGCUCAUUUGCGGCAUAUUCGUAAAGCUGAGGAGUUGAAACAUCUUCGGAGCUUGCAAGUAGAAAAGAUGAAAUCGGAGAUGCUAAAUCUUAAAAAUCAGCUACAUAAUAUUAACACUGAAGCAAAUUGUAGUAAUGCUUCUCUACAAAUUGAUGGCCUAACAAAUAGAGGAAACUCUUCCGUAGAUUUGCAUCCGGAAAAUGGGUUCAGGAAGCAAGAUCUUGAUAUGACUACGGAGACAACUAGUCCAUUUGAUGGGAAACAAUCUCUACUGAGUGAAAAAUCAAAAUGUCCACUGAUACCACAAUACCGGAAGCACCCAAUGGUUUCUCCUCAUGGAAUUGUGGAGGGAAAGGAAAGAACUAAAAACAAUAAUGUUUUGGAUUUGGAAAUAAGAAAUCGUUGUGAACUUCCAGGUAGGAGAAAUUCUUUGGUUUCAGCUAUAUAUUUCAUAGGAAGUGGGCUAUCUCAGUUACAAUCUCUUGGAAAUAUGGCAGUUACAAAUCUAAUGAACUAUCUAAAGAUAGAACGUGGGGAACUAGAGUCAACUGAAGAUUCUUCAGAGGAUGAGGAAUACUAUGAGAUUGAAAUUGAGAAUCAGAAUGUCGGUGCCGAACCUUUAGAACCUGCAAUUUCUACCCACUCUUUUCACGAGCAUACUGUGCCUGAUACUGCAUGCCUCCAAAUUGGAAUUAUUUUACGUUACAUGUGGUCCCGAAUGAGGUCAAAUAAUGAUGUUGUUUGCUAUUGCUGCUUUAUUCUAAUAUAUCUAUGGUACUUCAGUUUACUUUCUGUGGUCUAUCUAGCAGCUCUCUUCUUAUAUGCUCUCUGUCAAAAUACUGGUCCCAGUUACAUAUUUUGGGUUAUUAUGCUAAUCUAUACGGAGGUGUGCAUUUUGCUUCAGUACUUGUAUCAAAUCAUCAUUCAACAUACCGAGUUUGAAUUUCAUGCUAGCUUACUUCAAAAAUUAGGAUUUCCUACUAAGCAAAUAACAUCAUCUUUUGUGACAAGCAAUUUACCAUUUUUCCUGGUAUAUAUAUUCACUCUUGUGCAAAUCUCCGUAACUGUGAAGGAUGGGGGUUGGACAAUUACUGCAGAUCUCACCUUUUAUAAGAGAAGAAAUCAGAGGUGCAUAGAGAAUUUAAAGUGCUCCACCUACCGGGAGAGAUUACCGAGAUUAUUUUUACCCGUGAAAAGUAUACUGAAACUGAUUAUCAGAAGCCUCUGUAGGUACUGGAAAUCAUUGACAUGGGAUGCAGAAACUCCCCCUUACUUUGUCCAGCUGUCUAUGGAAGUUAUCUCGUGGCCUAAAGAGGGAAUUCAACCAAAGAAAAUUGAAUCAAGAAUAAAUAAGUUGCUGAAGAUCUUGCAUAGGAGGAGAUGCAAAGUGGAUAACCAUUUUAAAUUGCACUCAGCAAGUAGGGUUCGUGUACAGAGCAUUGAAAAAGGCGAAGAAAACGAAAACUUGUGUCUUGUUGUUUUUGAGGUGUUAUAUGCCUCCCCUCCUGCUGAAUUUGCUUCUGAGGAAUGGUACAGUUCAUUAACCCCAGCGAAAGAUGUAUCUAAUGAGAUUCAGAAAGCUCAACAAGUUGGUAUUUUUAAAGAAAUUGCAUUUCCAUAUCGCAUACUAUCCGUCAUUGGUGGUGGAAAGAAGGAAAUUGAUCUGUAUGCCUACAUCUUUGGAGCUGAUUUGGUUGUUUUCUUCUUAAUUUCCAUUUUAUACGAAACAGUUAUGAAAGCUAAUAGUGAGUUUUUUGAAGUCUAUCAGCUUGAAGAUCAGUUCCCAGAAGAUUUUGUAUUAGUUCUCAUGGUUGUCUUUUUCUUGAUUGUGCUUGAUCGAAUUAUAUACCUCUGCUCAUUUGCAACAGGAAAAGUUAUUUUCUAUUUAUUCAACCUUAUUCUCUUCACGUAUUCUGUCACAAAAUAUGCUUGGGAUAUGGAUCCUUUACACAGAUAUGCUGGGAUACUAGCACUCCGAGCCAUUUAUCUCACAAAAGCAAUUUCUCUGGUUUUGCAAGCCAUACAAAUUCAUUUUGGGAUUCCACAUAAGAGCACUUUGUACAGGCAGUUUUUGACCAGUAGUGUUUCUCGGAUUAAUGUUUUGGGUUUUCGACUAUAUCGUGCUAUACCUUUCCUUUAUGAAUUGAGAUGUGUGCUAGAUUGGUCUUGCACAACAACAUCUUUGACUAUGCAUGACUGGCUCAAGUUAGAAGACAUUCAUUCAAGUCUGUUUCUUGUCAAAUGCGAUGUGGAUCUGAAUAGAGCCAGACACCAACAAGGACAAAAGCAGACAAAAACGACGAAGUUCAUCAAUGGGAUAUGUUUAUUUUUUGUAUUACUAUGUGUCAUAUGGGCUCCAAUGUUGAUGUACAGCAGUGGUAACCCAACAAACAUUGCGAACCCAAUCAAAGAUGCAAGUGCCAGGGUUGAUAUAAAGACAUCAAGUGGACGGUUGACACUGUUUGAGACUACUUUGUGCGAGAAGAUUUCUUGGGAAAAUCUUGAAGCACGAACAAGUUUGGAUCCCCAGGGUUAUCUUAAUGCAUACAAUGAGAAAGACAUCCAAUUAAUUUGCUGCCAAUCAGACGCAAGUACAUUGUGGCAUGUUCCACUAAUUGUGCAGACCAGAUUUAUAAAGUCCCUUACGCGACGCAUGGACAUUUCUUUCUCCUGGGAAUUUUUCAGAGAUAGGCCUAAAGGAAAGGAAGCAGUCAAGUAUGAAUUGACCAUAAUGGAGCCGAAUAUUCCCACAUCUUCAGAAGUGACUAAAGUUUUCAAUGGUACUUCUAACAGUUUCGCAGUAUUCAAUAUUUACCCUAGAUAUUUCCGAGUCACAGGGUCCGGAGAUGUGCGAUCCCUCGAACAGUCGGUUGAGCUGGUUAGUGGGGAUCUUGUUCUUAACCGUGGAGAUCCUGAGUGGUGGUCGUUUUAUGAUAUGGGCUAUUUAGGCUCACUUGGAUGUGGGAAGUUCCCAGGACCCAUGGCUAUAAUUGUAUCUGAAGAAACCCCGCAGGGCAUUAUCGGUGACACUCUCAGCAAGUUUAGUAUCUGGGGGCUGUACAUUACCUUUGUCCUAGCAGUUGGACGUUUUAUCCGAUUACAAUGUUCUGACUUGCGAAUGAGAAUUCCUUUUGAGAAUCUUCCCUCGUGUGACAGAUUGAUGGCAAUAUGUGAAGAUAUAUAUGCUGCAAGAGCUGCUGGAGAGCUUGAAGUGGAAGAGAUUUUAUAUUGGACGCUUGUUAAAAUCUACCGUUCUCCACACAUGUUGUUAGAGUAUACUCAGGAUGAAUAAAUUCUUGAAAGUCUUGGAAGAUAUUCAGUCUCCUAUUGUAUAUUGCAGAAUCAUCGACAUUUGAGCAUAACCCCAUUCUCAGAUGGUUUCCGUUGGAAACACAAAACAGGAAGAGGAAGACCAUAUGCAAAGGCUGCUCAACCGAAUGAAUCUCGAGUUGUAUAUGGAGUCACUCGUACAAUCAGAACUCAUAUAUUGACUGAGGGAUACUGCUUUUGGUUCUGGGUUAUUCCAUACUCUCUUCAGGAAUUGGUCAAGGUAGCAUACACACACUUUAAGAUGUAAAUUUGAGUGAUUCCUACCUAAACUACCUUAUAUAUGUGUAAGCCACUUGCUAAAUCAGUUAAUUAGUUACCACAAAUUAUACAUAAAAAAAUAGACUUAUUCACAUUGA